GGUUUAUAUUGUAUGGAAUAUUAAUUUAAUAUCUUACAUAACAUGCCAUAAACAAAUACCAAAGUGGCAUCAUAAGUUGGCUAUAAAUACAACCUACAACUUAUAAUAUAUGUAUUACUUGACCACAUAAUUUACACCAAAUACAUCAUUUAGUUUUAUCAUGUCUAGCAACACUGCGCCGCGACUAAGAGGGUCUAUCGGGGUCGCAAAUGGUUCCUCUCACAAAGGUCGAAAAUGAAACCAAUUGUAAAGUAAUGAUUUCUAAACAUCGUUCAGGUCUUUUUAGAAAGGCCAGUGACUUGUGUGCUUUGACUGGGGCAGAUAUCGCUAUGGUGAUAUUUUCACCUGCAAAUAAAGCUUAUAGUUUUGAGAACCCAAAUCUAGACGUUGUUCUCUAUAGAUACUUUGAUGAAACCGAUACAUCCCAAGAAAAUGUCGCUGAUGAGAUUCUUUGUGCACAUCGUGAAGCCAAUAUGAGCACACUGACUCCCCUCAUAAGUGACAUGGAGUCUCAAAUUUAUGAUCAAAUGAAAUCAAGUCAAGCUUUUUCUAAUGCUGAAAUAUGUAGACCUUCUCUUUCUGAUUUCCAUUUCGGUCAACUGAAGGACUUGAAAUACAACAUGAAAGAACUUCGCUUUCAAACUUAUGACACAUAGGUGGCGUGUUUGGCCCUAUCUCAUGUUUUGGGAUCAAUAAUGAUGGUGUGGGACCAAGUGUAACAAGUUAGAUCAUAACUUGUCCCAAUAGUUUUUAUCAAUGUUCCCGUUUUCACGUUUCCGAUAAUAUGUGUGAUUGUUAUUGGGAAAAUAUAUCUCUAUUGUUUUUCCUUCACUAAUUAACGCUUUCAUUUGGAAGGGUUUAUAUGCACGUUAUUAAUGACCAUCAUCAAUAAAACUAAGAUAAUUAUCAUGAAAAGAAAUGUGCAAAUAUAGACUCUCAUUUUUAAUCAAAUGGCUCCAUGUAAGAGCCAUUUAUAUAUGUACAAUAAACUUUGGACACUUUAGUACGUAAAUGAAUUUGAACACUUAGCUUGUUCCUUUUACUUAUCAUAGGUUUUCACGUCAACACACACGACAUAGAAAGGCAUCUCUUACAUGACUUCAUCUGCAAUUUUUAAGGUACUUGUGAGUUGUGGCCUUCUUAUGGUUUAAGCCAUCUAUAUUCGAUGCUUCCCUAUUCUUGGCUUUAUCGAAAUUGUAAGUCGUAUGAACUAUUAAAUGUUGCUUAGUACGUAGCUUAGUUUCAUACGGAAGGAUUGUGAUGCGUACUAUAUUUAGUAGUGCAUAAACACCACAUUUUAGAAUGAUUUUAUAUUAUGUUUACUUAGCUUUUGUACAAUUACGGUGUAAUCUUUAUCUUCUAAAAUUAAAGUAGAAUUAGAAGAUAUUAAGAUAUUUUGACAUGUAAGCAAAAACAUGAUGAAAAGAAGAGAAAGGAGCUUGGGAGCAUAAGGAAGCAGCAUUGGAGACAAGAUGAAGCUUCAUGGAGGACAAAGAAAUGUGAAAAAUCGAAUAUGAUUUGACCCGGAGAUCAUAAGAGAUCAAAUAAAGCAAGUGAACAUGGGAAAAUCAGAUUAUGUCUUAGACCCAACCAUCUCACUUCUCCUGUAAAAACACCUCUUUUCUUCCUAUUUUAGAUAUCAAUUAAUCCUCUCUUUCAUAUACACAUUAUUCUAGUACUUUAGGUAGUCUUUUGAGCUUGGUUUUGCUCUUGAAGCUUGUUGAUUAUUAAAGUUGUGAGUUAUUUUCUUAACUUCUUCCCUUGAAUAUUAAUUCUUCCCUUAAUCUAUCUCUAUAUUAAUGUUGGGGAGUGUUGCUAAGAUGACAAUUAGUUAACAUCUCGACAUUAAUUACUACUAGAAACGAUCAAUGAACCGAUGGUUAAUCGUUGAUGGUUUCACAAGUAACUUCGGUUUAUUAAUGCACGGUCGUGGUUAAUAAACUUAAGAGGGAUUAAUUGUGUUGGUUAAACCGAAAUCGUUGUGUUGAGGUUAUCAAUCUCAAUUGAUUUCAUUAACGAGUUAAGAGAUUAAUGCUACUAUCAAGUCGGUAUAUGGCGGUGUUCUAUACUUGACUAAUAGUAAGGGUUAUUAAUGAACGGUCGUUGUUAAUAACUACCCUCGAUGAAUUGGAGAUACUCCUCGAUUGAGUAUUCGAGAGGGGAUAAGUCAUAGAU